AUGGUGCAGUUCGUCAACUCAUACGGCUGUGGCGCGUGCGAGGCUGAGUCUCCCUGCUCCUGCUGCUUCCACCGUGUGCUUGGCACCCGAGGGAAAGCAGCCCUUGGCAUCCUGAGCUUAAAGGACUUUCAGCGCGAUUUACUUCAGCAACUGCCCACGUCCAUUCCCCUGGCAGCACCAGAGUGGCAGGGGGGGGGUGGGUCCCUAAAAGGUGAGAAAGGAAACCACGCGGCAAAAGAGGUAGCAGAAGUAGUGGCAGGAAAGGGGGCGGGAGCAGCAGAACUAGGAGCAGCAGGCGAGGGAGAAAACGUAGCGGCAGAGAAAGGGAAGGGAGCGACAGAGAUGGGGGCGGCAGGAGGCGUUGAUGAUUACAGUUGGAAACGAGCCCCUUACUUGUGUGCGAAGUCCAUGAUUCUCGAGUGGAUGGCUGAGCCUCGUGUGGGCGUGCUCAUGGACCUGGGGAGGAUCAGGGCUCAGCUUGCCUCCCUUACAGGCCUCUUCGCUCCUAUUGUGGAGGAGCUAGGGGCACGCAGGCAGGGGGAGAACGAUAGCUUGGCGUCGGUGCUGGUGCAGGUGCUGGGGGUGAAGUGCGGAGAGGAGAUGCAAGACGGGUUUAAAGCCCAUCUGCUGCCUGAUGGCGCGGAGGCACACAGAGAGAGCGAGGGUGGAGCAGGGGAGGAUAGGGGAAAGUGCGGAAUAGCGGAUGGUGGGAGAAAAGGGAGGAAUGGGGGGAAGCAGGAGGCUGGGAGAAAGGGUGGAAGACGCGAGGGAAAAGGUGAUGGUGGUGGUGCCGGCAGCAGUUGGGAGUGGAGGCGGGGGCUGGAGGGUCCUGUGUGGAACAGGUAUGUGGGUGGUGUGGCUUGUCUUGUUGCGCAUGAAGGACGGAGCGGGACAACAAGGGUCCCGAAAGCCGUUUCUAGCAGCAGCGGUGAUCCAAAUGGUUUUCUUAUCUCACGCAUCGCCAAGGCUUUCAGCAGCAGCGGUAUUCCCAAGGGCAUGUUUGGGAGUGGCAUUUACGCCACUGAUUUCGCCCUUACCGUUGCUACAGUGCUCUCCAAGCCCAGAUUCUCCAUGGAGGCUUGCCGGAUAUUUUUCACAGAUGCUAAUAACGAGUAUCGAGUGAAGCUGGAGAAUUCUGCAACUGAGGCUGCCAGGAACAAAGUAGGCAUGGGUGCAGAAAGAGAGAGGGGAGGUGGUGACACAAAGAGCCAUGGAGCUGAGAUUGGUGUGAGAGGUGCAGUGAAGGACGGCUGGGAGGCGGUGACCACAACCAGUAACACGUUCGUGACUGUGCUGACGUGGAGGGUAAGCUGCAUUCUUAUGUGGGUCCGAACCUACGGCCCGAACCUGCAAUCUCCGAAGGCAUGUGCACUCCAAACCUGCGUCAAGCCAAAAAAGGAUCUCCCAGUCCUCCGCCACCCAUUUCGGGAUCUCCCGAGCCUGCUGAUCAAGUCCGGCACCAUGCCGGAGCCCUUGGUUCGGCGGGGCUUUUCUUGGGAGUGGGAAGAGGUGACUGCUGGCGAUGAAGCUGCUAUAAAGCUUGCUGAUGACGUGGAGGGGAGGAUUCUAUAUGAGAGAAUCCUUAAGGAGGUGUACGGGGCCACUGUUGACUGGAAUAUUCCAGCGAAUGCAGCAGCAGCAGCAGCGUCGUCAGCAGCAUCGUCGUCAGCAGCAGCAGGUUCAAGAAGCCGUCCGGUGGUUCGCACGGUGGCAGACGUGGAGUUCCUGGUGGAACUGAUGGCGGCAGAGAGAGAGCCUUCCAGGUGCACGCGGUGCUGGAAGUGCCACCUCCGGCACGCCGCUGCCAUCAACUACGUCGCGCUGCUCGCCUCCUUCGCGUACCGCCCCGUCUCCACCCUCAUCCACCGCUUCCUCUUCCUCUUCCCCCCCGACCAAACCAAAGAGGUGUACACGCUUCUCCGCAUGUUCAUGCCGUCAGGGCUUGAAGAGAGGGUGAACUGGAGGCAUGUGAGAGGUCGUUUGGAAGGGUUCGCAGAGGAAAAGGAGAUGGGGAUGUUUACGCAUGCUUGUACAAUGAUAGCGUGGACGUGGGCCAAAGAGGAGGAGACAAAUCCAGGGCGGUUUGCACGACUAGCAGCUCAGGAGGGUGCGGAGCAGGGGAAGGGUGGGGUGGGCAAGUGGAAGCAGCUGGAUAGUGAGAUGUGGGAGGAGGUUCGGGCGUGGCGGCAUGCUGCCAAGGCUGCGUGGCCCGGGGACAAGAGGAACUGGAUGGGAGAGCUGCGGGAUGAGUGCACGGGUGGCAGGAAAAGGACGAAACGUGAGAGCAGUGAGGAGGAAGAGGGGGAAGAAGAGGAGGGGGAAGAGGAGGAGGGGGUGGUGGGGGCGCAGGAGGGGCCAGUUUAUGCGCACAAGUGGGUGGGAGGAGUGAACCUGGUGGCUUGCCUGAGAGCCAUGCUGCUGGGGGAGCCGUGGAAAGGUGGGUUAGCAGCGAUGCCAGAAACGGCAAAACGAGCAGCAGGGAACAGCGCCACUCGAAAUCGAGCAGGAGCAGGGAGCAGAGCAGUAAGAAGCCAAGAACCCGGCACCCCCGCAGGAACUUUUUGGACAGAUGCAUCUGGUGUAGAUAACCGGGCAGAGCGGCUGAAAUCAGGGUACCGGCGGGUGUGCCAAGGGCCAAAGUGUAGCUGUGUGGAAUGGGAUGGAGUGGAGCUGAAGCUGUGUGCGCGGUGUGGCAGCAACCCCAAGCUGUGCAAGUUCUGUGGCAAGAAGUUCGAGGGCGGAACAAACCGCUGUGCAAUCCAUCUCGCGACAUGGAAAGGGCAGGAGAAGCGCGCUGUGGCGUUAUGCAAGGACGCGCCCACGGCAGUCCGCGAUGAAGUCCGUGGCAUGUACGAGACCAAGGCGGAACAGCAGGACUUGAAGAGAGGGGCGGCCGCUGCUGCAAUUCACUCCGCGCUUGACGCUGUCAGUGGAAACCCGGAGAAAAAGAGCAAAAUUACGGAUUUCUUUGGCAAUGAGGCGACGUGCGCCAAGGAAGACGCGGAUAACGCGCUUUGCCUUCUGUUUGCGGCGCUGAAACUUCCGGAGCGCAUUGCGGACGAUCCGGUCUUCCGCUACGCGGUCCAGUGCAUUGCGCGCGCUGGACCUGGAUACGUCCCUCCUAAGAGGCGCUACAUUGGAGGGGCAGGCUUGAAGAAGGUGCGGCAGAAAAUGGAGGUCGUGUUCGCCCCCGUUGCCGCGAGUUGGAAGCGGGACGGGGUAACGGUGUCGUCGGACAUGAUGACCGACCGUUGUGGCCGCCCGCAGGCCAACGUGCUCCUUGUCAACGACUCCGGCGCAGUUUUCGAGCAGGCGAUGGACUGCAACAUGGAGUCGAAGACCGGGGGGUACAUCGCCAGCCUUCUCCGCCCCGUCAUUGAUAAGGUGGGGCCGGAGAAUGUGGUGGCGGUCUGCACCGAUGGCGGCAGCAACUAUGCAUCGGCCGCCAAGAAGAUUGCGAGCACAUGGCCGCACAUUGAGCAUGUGCCAUGUGCCACGCAUGUCCUGGACCUGAUGAUGGAAGAUAUGGGCAAAAUGGGAUGGGCGAAGGGGCUUGUGGAGAAAGGAGGGGAGAUGAUUACCUUCGUGCGCAACCACCACUUUACCCGUGCCUAUAUGAAGAAAGUGGGGGGGAAGCAGGUGCUCAAGCCUGCGGGAACCAGGUUCGGGACACAAUACAUAGCCAUGGCCCGGCUAUGUGAGGUGAGGAGUGGGCUGGCGGCGAUGGUGCUCAGCAACGAGUGGAAGGUGUGGGCAGCGGCGGACAAGGAUAGGAAGACAGCAGCUGAGAAAUUCAGGGCUGCUGUGAUGGAUGAGGAGUGGUGGGGGGUGGCGGAGUUCUUUACCUCUCUCAUGGCGGUGCCAUUCAAGGCCAUGCGGGCCACGGACUCUUCCGCGAAAGGCAUGAUGGGUAAGCUGUAUGACAUCAUGCUACAGCUUACCGAGGACAUCAAUGACAAGCUCGACGCUUCAAGUGACUUCUUGACUCGGACAGAGAGGGCAGACAUCACCAAGAUUGUGAAAGACAGGUGGGACAACUCCCUUGCCUGCCCCAUGCAUGUGGUUGGCCGGAUCCUGAAUCCGGCCAACCAGGAGGAGGGAAUUUUCAGGAACGAUGUGGAGUGCACGCGGGUGUUCAAGGACUACAUCGAGCGCCACUAUGACAACAAGACCUUCAAGCGUGGCAAGGAUGGCGCCCCUCGCCGCGCCUCCCUUGUGCUGCAGGAGGCAUUGCUGGCCUACAUCAACAUGGAGGGCAGCUUUGGCAAGCCGGGCGCCAUUUCUGCAAGGGAGGCAGUGAAGAAGGGGGAGAUGAGCAUGGUGCAGUGGUGGUCGUGGCACAGCACCGAGUAUCCUGAGCUUGCCGCCCUCGCAUGCCGGGUGCUCACUCAGCCCGUCUCGGCUUCCCCAUGCGAGCGUGGCUGGGCGCAGUGGGAAGGCGUCCACACCGCCCGCCGCAACCGGCUCGGGUCCGCCAAGUGUGCGGACCUCGUCUACAUUGCGCACAACUGGAACGUUGUGCGCAAUUGGUACAAGAAGGAUGGGGGCAGCACGGUUGUGCCCGGUAACAUCCCGGAUGCCCCUAUCCCCGGCUAUAACAUGGAUGAGGAGGAGGAUGACAUGCUGGGGGAGGAAGGAGAGGAUGCAGUGCUGGCGGAUGAGUAUGGGGAAGGUGUGGUGGUGGAAAAGCCCCGCAAGGAAAUCGGUUGUGGGGAAGCUAGCUAG